AUGGACGACAUAGUUGCUCCAGCCCAAGAGAGGGAGACGAAGGUUGACACAAAAGAAAAAGACAAGGGCGAGAAUACUACGACUCAUGCAGCUCGCGCAGCCGACCUCGACUUCGAAGAAGGCCGUGCGCCGAUCUUGUACUCGAAUAGAUCCAUCUUCUUCAUGGUACUCUUCUCUGGUUUGGCCAUAGGCAGCGACGCCUACAAUAGCGCCUUGAUGGGGCAGUUGCUGCUGCUCCUAACAGCACUCUACCCAGACAGCUUGAAUGUCGCGACCCAGUCGCAGCUCACCAACGCCUUCAUCAUCGGUCUUAUAUUUGGCAUGCUUUCCUUUGGAUUUAUCAGCGAUCGAUUGGGCCGCAAAUCCGGCGCCGUUCUAACGACCCUCUUCCUUUCCGUCGGUAUUGUUAUGACCGCCGUGUCACACGGAACUAGUGACAAGGGCCUCUUCUGGAUGUUGACCGUCUCUCGUGGUAUCGCUGGUUUUGGAGCUGGUGGCGAGUACCCGGUCUCAGGAGCUGGUACUGCAGAGUCUACAGACGACUCUCCUAGCGCACGCAAACAUCGAGGCUUCAUCUUUGCCAUGGUGGCGGAUGUCUCGGCAUCCCUGGGCUUCGUGUUCUCCGGUCUUGUCCCACUUCUUCUGCUGCUAUGCUUUCAUGAGCGCGAAGCACAUUACGAGAAGAUCUGGCGAAUUGCUUUUGCCCUUGGCGUAAUUCCGCCCAUUUCCAUCUUCUGGUUCCGUUGGCGCAUGGCCAUGUCGAGUGCCGAACGCCGCAGCUCAGCGCGCAACACCAUACUUCCUUACCACCUUGCCAUAAAACGCUACUGGCGGCCUCUUCUUGGCUCAGCACUUGCCUGGUUCAUCUACAACUACAUCGCGUACCCAUUCGGCCUGUUCAGCUCGACCAUUUCUGCAUCCGUAAACGCCGGCGACUCCCUUGUCAAGUCUUAUGGCUGGGGCACGUUGAUCAACUGCUUCUACCUACCAGGGGGCUUCAUAGGCGGCUAUCUUUCCGACAGGAUUGGGCGAAGGAAGACAAUGGCGCUGGGCUUUGGGCUGCAGGCUUGUCUUGGUUUCAUCCUAGGCGGGUGUUUGCCGUACAUUCAGAAUAUCACCCCGCUUUUUAUCGUACUUUACGGCCUAUUCCUCACACUUGGCGAGGUUGGACCAGGAGCGACUAUCGUUGCGACAAGCUCAGAAUUUUUCCCCACGAGUAUCAGAGGUCAGAUGCUGGGUCUUUGCGCAGCGUUCAGCAAAGCCGGCGCAGCGAUAGGAACCUCAGUCUUUAAGCCCAUCCUUGCCUCUUAUGGCGACGAUACUGUGCGUGGUAACCAGGCUGUCUUCCUUAUCGGGUCUGGGUUCGCGGUAUUGGGUAUGCUGGUUGCAUGGUUCUUCAUCCCGGCGCACCCACCCAAUCUUGGUGAAGAAGAUGAGAAUUGGAAGGCAUACCUGCAGGAUGCCGGAUACGAGAUCCAAUGGGGUGAUGACAAGGCCGUAGACCCAAAGAGGGUGGUCUUCGAUGCUGUCAGAGACAAGACAGUGGAUUAG